AUGUCUUCCGCCAUUGAUCGUUUGCCGCCGGAUCGGCGAGUGGCAUUCCUUACGCACCCUCAGGGAGAAGAGAUUGUUGGAGAUGACCUGAAGUUGAUCAAAGUUUGGCAUAAGGGACAAAACAAUUACUGUGAACUUUGCGGCAAGGGCGGAGACCUAUUGUUGUGUGAUUACUGUAACUUGUCGUUUCAUACGAGUUGUUUGGUUCCGCCGCUAAAGAGUAUACCAGAGGUGAGGAAAUUGGGCUUGUCCUGA